AUGGCAGGAGAUAUUGUAAUCGGAAUGCUUUAUAAUGUUGCCUUACCACUGGUUUUACUAACAGCAAUUGCUUUUCGAUACAAUGGACUUUCUGUGGUGUAUCUGCUGUUUCUGUUGUCUGUACCUCUUCUACCAAGCCCUGCUCUGUCCUCCAUGAAGGGAAAGACAGGCCGGUUUCUCCUGUGUGUUUGCUCCACAGCAGUAACAUUUCUGGCCUUACAGUGUGGGAUACAGAUCACCUUUGCAUACAUUCCUAAAGAAAUGAGUGGACCAAUGGAAAAUGUAUUCUUUCAUCUUGGGAUUGUGAGAUUCAGUGAUGUGGAUGCUGGUAACAUAAUACGUCUGUUGGUGCCAGAUAUUGGUGUAUUCAUGUCGUCAUUGGCCAUCCGGAAUUUGUCUAACAAACUAUUGAGACCACCUACCAAUGACCAUGAGCAACAAUCCGAAAUUGAGGUAGAGUACAAGCUUAUUCACCAAAAAACACAGAAAAACAUUGAAAAGGAAGCAUCUGAAACGUCUGAAUCAGAAUAUGAAGAGGAGAGUGAAGCAUCAUCUACAGAGAGUUCUGUGGAGACAAAAGCAGCCCCAUCAGGACCUCCUCAGUUUGUACAGAAGCUAAUUGUCUUUGCGACUGGUCUAAGACUACUGCUCUCCACUAUGAUGAACACUGCAGGAAAAGUGGUAGUGUCUGUCCUCCUGGGGCUUGCAGGUAUAGCCCUACCGUCUCUGACAUCAGCAUUAUAUUUUGGGGUCUUCCUGUGUCUUGUGUGGUGUUGGAUCCUGGACUACUCUAUUGGUUUGCUCCAUUUUAGCACAUUGUGUAUAAUGAUGACCAUAUUUAGUGGUGGACACAUCCUGGUCCUCUACCUCUAUCAGUUACCUCUGUUUCAGGAACUUAUAUCCCCUGAGGACGUUUAUCCCAGGCUUUUUGGCAUGACUGCAUUCAUCCACACAAACUCAUCAAAGCCAUAUAGUCUGGGCCUGCAUCCUGAUAUGAGCUGGCCUAUGAUAAUAAACCCUCUGCUACUGCUAGUACUCUACUACACACUGGUGGCUCUUCUACAAAAAUGGGCUCUCUCAGCUACAGAGCAUAUUAUGAUGCUCAACAACAGCUGGCAGAAUAAUAAUCCGUCUGGGUUGGACCCACUGCUGUCAGCAGAUGCUGACUAUCUACAGUGUCUUUCCCUUCCAAUGUACAUUCAACAUGAUUGCUCUUAUGAGGUUGCAGAUGAACAAGAAGAGAGCAGCAAUAAUGAAGAAGGACAAACGGAAGUUCUAACUGAAGAGCUCUUGUCUUCCCCUAAAAUGAACACCUUCACUCUGCUUGGUCGGUCCAUUAUGAGACAGAGCUAUGUUAUUGCUCUUAUCAUUAUGAUGGUAUGGAGCAUCACUUACAAUUCCUGGCUUACAUUUGCCUUGUUGGUGUGGUCUUGUAUAAUCUGGAUGUCAAGGCGCCGACGGGAGUAUACCAUGAUUAGCGCUCCAUUUCUCGCUGUUUAUUGUACGCUGCUGUUGGUGGCUGGCUUUAUUAGUGCUUUCCGUCUUCACCAUCGUGAGCUUUUCCCUGCUCUCCCCAAGGCUGUUCUGGUUGAUUUUGAUCUCUACACUUAUCACACACCCUGUCUUCACCUGGGAGCAAAGAUGAUUUAUACAUUUAGUUUCUGGAUGUUGCUACGACAACAGUUAAUUGAGAAACAGGAAGCUCAACAGUCAAAAGAAGAAAGCCUUCAUGAUGUCAAAAGCAUAGCUGAUAAAACUGAAUCAUCUAGCAUGGUGAAUAGAAUGGGAGCUUUUCUUAAAGGCCUGCUGGUGAAGUACUGGAUUGUCUGCUGCUGCUCUAUGUUUUUUGUCAUCAGUUUCUCUGGGAAAGUGGUUGUCUACAAAAUCCUUUACAUCUGUUUGUUCCUCUUCUGUGUGGUUCUCUACCAGGUCCAGUAUGAUGUGUGGCGGAAUGUCCUGAAGUACUUCUGGGCUGUGGUGGUUGGUUAUUCCAUGAUGGUUUUGAUUCUGAUUUACAUGUACCAGUUUAAGACUGUUUCAGGCCUGUUCCGUCAAAUCAUAGGCAUGUCAGAAGAAGGACUGCGUGAUCUCGGCCUGGAACAAUUUGACACUGUAGAGUUAUUUGCACAGAUUUUACUUCCUGCUGCCUUCCUACUGGCAUGCAUUCUACAACUGCACUACUUUAACUGCGAAUUUCUCACUCUUACUGACCUACAGAAUGUACCUGUGUGUGAUGGCACAUCUAAGCUGGCAAAGGAGCAGAUGGAUGCAGAAGGUGAUGAUCUGUUGGGCAGCUUAGAACUGAAUUCCUUAUCAGUAAAGGAGGAAGAAGAAGAGACAGAACAAAAAGAAUCAACAGUGAACAAAUGGUUUUUAGUUGUGGAUCAGAUAAGCUGGUUCAUGCUACAUGCUCUGCUGUGGUUGUCUAAGGGUCAAGAAUUUUGUUGGAGAUUUCUAGAGCUCCAUAGCCUUAAAUUUGUUGCUGCAGGCAUCAUCUGGGUUAGCCUAAAAGAGGUGUCUUUGAUGAAUUUUGUGUUCCUGGCUUCGUGGACAUUUGCUGUGCCUUAUGUAAGACUGCGGCAAAUGGCAUCCACAGUGUCCUCUGUCUGGGCCUGUGUGAUGGUUGUAUGUAAAAUGAUGUAUCAGUUAAAAUUCAUCAAACCGACAGAAUUUUCUGUCAACUGCACCACUGUUUUCCUGAUGUCUAAUCAGAGUUGGCACAGGGAGAAUGUAGCACAGCUUUUGCAGAAGUCUGUUUUGUAUAUUGAACCAGUGGAUCCAUCUCUGUGGGUUGGCAGCCUGAAAAAAUGUGGAGAUGCCAUUCUGCCUUGUCUACAGAAUCAUUUAUUAAUUCUGGGACUACUUGUGUUUGACGUGACUGUCCAUCGGCACCAGCUCUACAAUUCUCUUCAUUUAAACUUAAAACCUCCUCCCAAAGGCACCAUUUUCAGCAGUGUAACAUGGCAGCACCUUGAUCAUGGCAUCCUGCCCUGCCUUAAAUACUUCUGCAAUUAUUUCUUCUACAAGUUUGGCCUUGAGAUUUCAUUUGUAGUGGCAGUGAAUGUGAUUGGCCAGCGGAUGGAUUUCUUUGCCCUUCUGCACUCAUUUGCAUUGAUCACAGUUUUGGGACGUCGUCGCAGGAAGGCUAUUGGGGAAAUUUGGCCCAAGUACUGCUGCUUUACUGCUACCCUUAUGGUGUUUCAGUAUCUGCUCUGUAUCGGGGUGCCUCCUGCACUCUGUGCUGAUUAUCCUUGGAGAACAGGCUCUAGGGCUCUCAGCUCCAAUCAGAUAAAGUGGUUGUAUUUGCCAGAUUUUGCUAUGCAGCCUAACCCCAUCUUCAUAUUUUAUGACUUCUUGUUGUUGAUGGUAGCAUCUCUCCAGUGGCAGGUGUUUGAAGAUGAAAAUAAGGCCUCUGUGAGACUUGUGGCAGGGGAAAAUGUGGAGAUCAGUAGAAACCUAGACUCUCGCUCUCUUAACCAGUAUACAAGAGUUGGCAAUUUCCUGCACUGCCGGUCAUAUCUGGACAUGGCAAAGGUUUUUGUGUUCAGUUAUUUCUUUUGGUUGGUUUUAUGCCUAGUGUUCAUCACCGGCACCACACGGAUUAACAUCUUCUGCCUCGGCUAUUUGGUGGCCUGUUUCUAUUUCAUGCUUUUUGGAGACACAGUGCUGCUGCAGCCUGUACAUUAUGUACUCAGACUGUGGGACUGCCUUAUUGCCUACACCUGUUUGGUGAUUUGCUUGAAGAACUUUAUCUCUCUGGGAUCCUGUGCUUAUCUGGACAGUCUUUUAAAAAAAGGCUGUUGGCUCAUUCAGGCAUUCAGUAUGUUUUGUACGAUCAAAGGCUAUGAUCUGCCUAAGCCAAGUGAUGACUGCGAGCUGCCAGUGGGAGAAGCCGGUAUUGUGUGGGAUGCAGUUUGUUUUACUGUACUACUGGCUCAAAGGAGAAUAUUUCUCAGUUAUUACUUCCUGUAUGUUGUAUCUGACCUUAAAGCCGGCAAGAUCCUUGCCUCCAGAGGUGCAGAGCUAUUUGAAGCCAAGGUAAAGAAACGUGUAGCAGCCAGGCUGGAGCUAGAGAAGAAAUCUGUGGAGCUGCUGAAAAAACAGAUGGAGAAAAUCAAGUUAAAACAAAAGAGUAAACCAGAACAGCCUGCCAUAGCACUGGACACAAAAGGGCCUGGACAAAAAAGUGAUGCAGAACGAAGAGUCUGGGACUCCUGUGCGUAUCGCCUCUUUGAAAGUGAUAGUGAGGAAGAAGAAGGUGAAGUGGAUACCAAGACAGAGGAAGAGCCUGUGCCAAAAAAGAAAAGUGCCUUUCAGUUGGCACAUGAGGCUUGGGUGGCAGGGUCCAAGGCUGCUCUCAUCUCCCAUAAGAGGGAUGAGGUUCAACUGAAGAGAGAAGAAGACAGAGUGAAGAGGGAACUGUGUCAAGAACAGGGCACAGAUUGCUUAGAGUCAGGUGACGAUGAGUUGGAAGACUCCUGUCCUGAGGCAAAGGAGGGAGAGAAAGCUAAAAAUUCUGAACGGAUUAUUGACGGUCUGAAGUUUAGCUUGGUCUUCUUCCGGUCACUUAUUGAUGAUAUAGCAGCAGGUUUGAACUCAUUCUGUAAGGAUAAUCUGGACAUUUCAAAGGUGCUGCGCUUAGAAAGGGCACUGCUGGGUCAGCAGCAAAACAAGGGUCGAGAUGUGUCCCAUGAAAGUAUACAUGAAUUUUACCAGAACCGCCUCUCAAGACAGAGCACACAGUCGUUGUUGGUCGAGGAGAUAAUUACACCUGCCAACUCGCCACCACCACUUCCAGUCACUGCUUGUGGCUAUACCAAACUAAGGAGUGUCAACUCCAAGCUAUCUUGGAACAGCAGUCUGUCCAGCUGUCAGACGGAAGAGACCAUGCUAAUGUCACGUCAACCAACACUCAAUGAUGACAUUGAUGAUGUCCUCUGUAUAGCAUCGCCCAAAACUGAGGAAUUUCUUUUUCAACUCUCCACUGAACAGCGUCGUCAGAAACUUUGCAAAUCAGCAAAUGUAGAUAUAGGCUCUUUCGAUCAAGGAAGCCUUUUGCUAGACCAUAAUGAAACAUCUACAUUAAGGAAACAGGACAAGGAAGCAGAAGACAACUUCUGUGGUGAGCUGGAAGAUGGAGAAGAUAAUGAGAAAGGAAAAAUGGAUAUAAAGCAAGCAGAUGAUCAGUUUGAGAAGAAAUACGAAUUGCUUAAGUCAGCAUCACUGGACUCAGUGGUCAUUGAGGUGAAGAGUGAAAGUGUUUCAAGACCUGAACCGCUUACUCAGGAGACCAAAGGCCUCACUGCUAGCGAACCACUGCUUAACAACCAAGAACCAGUGGCUUUAUGGAAAGAGGAUGGAGCAGCAGAAGACAAAAUUUAUAGUUAUCUGGAGGCUGGAGAUAAGAAUGAGAAAGAAAAAUGGGAGAUAAAACAAGAUGAUGAUGAUCACUUUCAGAAGAAAUAUGAAUUGCUUAAGUCAGCAUCACUGGACUCAGUAGUCAUUGAAGUGAAGAGUGAGAGUGGUUCAGAACCACAACCGCUUACUCAGGAGACCAGAGCCCUCACUGCUAGCGAACUGCUGCUAAACAAUAUGUUCCAGAUCCCAGAAAUUGAUGAGUCAGAUAAGUUCUACCACACGUUGCCACGUCUCCUGCAGCUCAUCUUUGCACUCUAUAACACCAUGGUCUCACAGUCAGAGAUGCUCUGCUACUUCGUCAUCAUUCUAAAUCACAUGGUGUCUGCAUCUCUGCUCACGCUCUUCCUCCCCAUCCUCAUAUUCCUCUGGGCUAUGCUCUCUGUUCCUCGACCCACUAAGCGAUUCUGGAUGACUGCCAUCAUCUACACUGAGCUUACAGUGGUAGUAAAGUACUUCUUCCAGUUCGGCUUCUUUCCGUGGACUACCUCUGCAUAUCGUGGCAUUAAUGCAGAGCGGCCGUUUGCUCUGCCAAACAUCAUUGGAGUGGAAAAGAAAGAUGGAUAUGUUCUGUUUGAUCUUAUUCAGCUGCUUGCUCUUUUCUUCCAUCGUUCCAUCCUCAAGUGUCAUGGCCUCUGGGACAACAAAGAAGUGGAGAUGCCUGAUUUCCUUAAGAAGCUGAAAAGGAAAGCAGAAAAAAACAGGCAAAGUGGAGGGACAAGAGAAGAAAAAGACGAUACAAAAAGACGUAUUUGUUUCUUUCCUCUUCAGGCAUCAACUGCUAAUCUCUUUUCUAGACAAAGAAGAAAUGGCAAUUCUGAAAUCCAUGAUGUUGGGCAGUUAAAGGAAAAUCGUGCAAAGAGGAAGAAACGCCAUCACAGAGUGCCUUUAUCAAGGAAAGAGCAGAUCAGAAAGCUGAUCAGGGAGAGAAUGCUGGAAGCUAAGGCUGCUAUUAUAGAAGUUGCGCUACAUGUGUAUUUACCCAUCAGGCAGUUUUUUUAUGACAUCAUCCAUCCCGAGUACAGCCCUGUCUGUGAUGUCUAUGCUCUGAUGUUCCUGAUUGAUGUUGUAAACUUUAUUAUUAUUAUCUUUGGUUAUUGGGCUUUUGGGAAACAUACAGCAGCAGCUGAUAUCACCGAAUCCUUGUCAGAAGACCAAGUACCUGAAGCCUUCCUUGUCAUGCUUCUCAUCCAGUUUGCUACUAUGGUUGUUGACCGGGCACUCUACCUAAGGAAAACCUUGCUAGGAAAGUGUGUGUUCCAAGUGGUUUUAGUUUUUGGAAUACACUUCUGGAUGUUCUUUAUACUCCCUGGGGUCACUGAGAGGAGAUUUAACAGAAAUCAUGUUGCACAGCUAUGGUACUUUGUAAAGUGCAUCUACUUUGGCUUGUCAGCAUAUCAGAUCAAAUGUGGCUACCCAAAUAGAGUUCUGGGCAAUUUUCUCACUAAGAACUACAACUACCUCAACCUCUUCCUCUUCCAGGGCUUCAGAAUGGUUCCUUUUUUGACCGAACUACGGGCUGUGAUGGACUGGGUAUGGACAGAUACCACUCUCAGCUUGUCUAGCUGGAUUUGUGUAGAGGACAUUUAUGCCAACAUAUUCAUUCUCAAGUGCUGGAGGGAGUCUGAGAAGAAAUAUCCUCACAUUCCCGGACAGAAAAAAAAUAAAGUGGUCAAGUAUGGUAUGGGUGGUGUAAUCAUUUUUUCCCUUAUCUGCAUCGUGUGGUUUCCCCUUCUCUUCAUGUCACUGGUCAAAUCAGUCGCUGGAGUAACCAAUCAACCAUUAGAUGUUUCCAUCCAACUUAGCAUAUCAGGAUAUGAGCCUUUGUUUACAAUGAAUGCCCAAGAACAGAAUUUAGUGCCUUUUUCUGAAGCUGCAUACCACAAGAUGACAAAUGUUUAUGCCACUUACCCGUCUGCAAUGCAGUUCAUAGUAAACUACAUGGCAGAGGACAUAGUAACAGCAAAGAUAAAAAGUGAUGCCAGUUUGCUGUGGAGCAUCAGUCCAGCUAGCCAUGAAGCCAUGAUAUAUGAACUGAGCAAUACUUCACACAUUUACAUCACUCUGCGCUGGACCAUACUGAGAAAUGCAUCUAUUGCAAUGAAUGCUGAGACAACAGGUGAACACACUGUGAAGUAUGAGGACAAAGAGCUGCAAGAUAACCUUGUGCAAAUGCUUAAAGGGACACGUACUGAACCAGUGUAAGUAUUUACACACACACACACACACACACACUCCUUUUCCUGUUUCUUUAUAUUUCUAUCCCAUUAUUUUUGUCUUUUGAUUUAUUCCAGGAUCAUUCAAAACCUGAUGCCUAAAUAUAUCAGAGGACCCUCAGGACCAGAAGCAAAAAUGGCACACAGACUUUUUGUUGCACAUUCUGAUCGCCCAGAUGACCAUCAUUUAGUCUUCUUCCGCUCCCUGUCCAUUAAACUGAAGCAAGCCAACAGCAGCACAGCGGGAAAUGGACCUUACUGGUGGUUGGUGGAGGAGUGCAGUCCAGAUCAUCCAAUAACCAGAUGCCAAAACAUUGAAAUAGUGGUCUUUAAUGAUAAAGUCAGUCCAUCUAGCCUGGGCUUCUUAGCUGGAUAUGGGAUUGUGGGUCUGUACAUGUCAGUGGUGCUGGUGAUUGGUAAGUUUGUGCGCGAGUUUUUUAAUGGGAUAUCCCGCUCCAUCAUGUUUGAGGAACUUCCAAAUGUGGACCGUGUGCUGAAACUGUGCACCGACAUUUUUGUUGUCCGGGAGACUGGCGAGAUGGAACUGGAAGAGCAACUGUUCGAAAAACUCAUAUUCUUAUACCGAUCACCUGAAACCAUGAUCAAAAUGACCAGGGAAAAGAAAACAGACUGACAUUUCUUGCAUUUUAGUGUUAAUAGUGUUGUUGUUCUUCCCCUUUUUAAAUACUUGCUAUAAAUGGUUCUCAGAACUUGUCUCCACAGUGCUAUGUAUUAUCAGUCUUUUUGCUUUGAGCAUGAAAUUCUUUAUACAGUACUUCUUUUUUCUACUUUAUGCCAUAUGUUACAUACAUUAUAAUAUAUAAGAUGUACUUUUGGUUUGCUGUAGGAUCUUAUAUCUCUCCACAAAUAGGACUUGCAAUGUCUUAAAAACCUUCAAAUCAUAGUUAAAUCAUAGGCGAUA